GUUUGUCCCAUUUUAAUUGUUAAUUUCUAUUAAUUAUUAAUUUACAAGAUCAAUUUAUUGCUUUUGAAUUCUAUUUUUGAUGAAAUCCAUGUUUCCAGUUGUGGCAACCCUUAUCUUUAUAAAAUUUGCUGACUAGACCCGGAGGAAGAGAAACGUUAAAAUAUUCCCCACACCUUCCCUCCGAAUCCCCAUUCCCACGCAAAAUGAUUAGCCAACCUUCCCGUAAACGGCCUGGGUAUUUCGAAACCAACAGUUUUCUACCAUGGCAUGGAGUAAAUAAUGAGGGAUGAUUUGGUGGAUUUGAUGUGGAGAUGUUGGAGGCAAAAGAACAUUAGAAGGCAUUCCGUCGUUGGUUUUGUAGUGUUUGUGUUGAUGUUGUAACUUUCCAUUAGCGGUUAGAUUGCCCGCCGCUGGGAGCCGCCCUCCGGAGGAGGGCAGUCACCAUCCUGGACGGGAUGUCGGGGAGAUGACGGCAGUGAGGGUGGAGCCAUGAGGUGGCAGGUGCCUGGGUUCAGCUCCGGUUUCGCAGUCGGUAUCCUGCUCUGUUUCUGAACUUUUAUGCGUUUUCCGGCCUGAACAGGCCCUCGCCGAUUUUCUGUGACGAUCGAUAGAGCUCGUUGACGGUUCGCUCCGUCGGGUUGUACUUUUUUUUAAAAGACUGCUUUGGCCGAAGAGCGUCCCAAUAGUAGUUUGAAUCGUCUCCCUUCUCCCCCUUCCCCCGGUGCCGUCAGCCACCGGCCGUUAGCCUGAUGCUGGGCCUCGGGAGCGGGCGGCGCGGCGCGCGCUCCCCGCCGUUGCUCUUCCUGCUGCUGGCGCUGGGCGCGUGCCUGGCCUUCCUCGCGCUCAGUUACUGGGUGUCGAGCUCGCGCAGCGCCGAGCUGCAGGCGCGGGUGGUUGCACUCGACGCCAAGGUCCGGCGCGCGGCUGUCGACCUCAGCACCACGGAGCUGCAGAAGCACCAACUCCAGCUGCAGCUGCAGAGCCAGUUAGAGGGUCACAAGGAUAAAGUGGGUCAGCUCGAACUUCUGCGCCGCCAACAGGUCCAGGCAGAAGCCAGGAUCUGCAACGAGGAAAAGGAAGCUUUGAAUAAGAACAUUACCAGCAGCACAAGGAUUAUACAAACACUGCAAGGUAAAGACAUUCUUCAUUCAUUUUGAGCAGUAUAGUAUUCAGGAUUAGAUUGUUCCAAUGUCUAAGAGGAGUUAAUUAAUUGGUGCGUCCAGUAGUAAUUGAAGUUGAUAAAUCAUUUGGAAGUGGUAGUUGGAAUUUAUGCAAAAACAAUUGAAGUUUUUUGAGGUGUGCCGAAAGACUCCUUAAAUAGCAGUACCAGCUGAUGAAAUGGACAUAUGUAAGCACCAGAAAACCCUGCAAGUGGUGCAUUUCAGUAUUUGUUUUAAAUGAGCAGCUUUGAUGAUAGACAGUGUCAUCAACAAAGCUAUCAAGCAGCCCUGGGUUAGCAAUUACUUGCUGACUGACACUCAGUUUGGGUUCUGCCAGGGUCACAGCUCCUGAUCUCAUUACAGCUUUAGUUGAACAUGGACAAAAGAGAUAAGAGUGACUGGUUUUGAUAUCAAAACCAGAUUUGAUUGUGCGAAAUCAAGGCGUUUAGCAAAACUGAAAGCAUUGGGAAUAAUGGAAAAUCUCUCUGCUGGUCGGAAUUAUGUAUCUGGCACAAAGGAAGAUGGUUGUGAAUGUUGGAGGCCAGUUAUUUCAGUUUCAGGAUAUCUCUGUGAGAGUUAGCAGGGUAGUGUCCUUUGCUUAACCAUCUUUAGCUGCUUCCACCUGUGAUAAGGUUGGAAAUAGGGAUGUUCACUGAUUGGAGUUGCAAACAUUGUGCAUUCACAAUUCCUGAUAUACUGAAACAAUAUAGUGUCCACUGUUAAUCAUCGUUUAUAUAAAUGAUUUGAAUGAGAAUUUGAGUUAUGGUUAGGAAGUUUGUGGAUGACACCAAGAUUAGUGUAUACUGGACAGUGAAGAUUUUCUGUGAAUGCAGCGAGAUCAAGAUCAACUCGGUCAGUGUACUGAGGAAUGGCAGAUGGAGUUUAAUUUAGAUAAAUGCAAGGUGUUGCAUUUUGGUGGGACAAACCAGAGCAGGACUUAAACAGUCAAUGU